CUUGACCGCGUUAUGAGCAGGUAGCUGUCAUGGUGGAAGAGCCGAAGGAUUUCAGACGAUAAUUUUCUGUUCGAAAAUCUGUGUUGAAGAUUUAAUAUAGAACCACAGACUUUGAAAUGGCCACACCAGACAAGCUAAAAACGUUGUUUGAAGAUUUAGGAAAACCAACAUUGCGAGGAGUUCGGAAAUGUCCCAAAUGUGGAACCUAUAAUGGCACAAGAGGAAUAAGCUGUAAAAACAAAGCAUGUGAUGUUGUUUUCAAAGAGAGAGAGAAGAAGAAAGGACAUAGUGCCGAUGCUGUAAAGAUUAUGACUGGCUCAACUGUUCAGGUGUUUUCUGUGAGAUUGCGAGAUAGAGGACCAGAUUAUCGUGGUUUUGUACAGUUGCCUUUGUUUCAAGACAUGGAUGGAAAUCCUGCUACAGUGGUUGAUCAGGCACUUGUAUACCAAGCAGCCCGAUGCUACGUGGACAGUUGUUCUCGAAACAGUCAGAUAGGGUUUCAGAACGAGUCUUGUCCUCAUAUUCGGGCGGCUAUUGAUUGUGAGCAGGAAGCUCAACCUCUGACUCUGAAAAAUUCUGUGCUAAAUGCCUUGCAAGUCCCUAAUGAAACUAAGCAGGCCAUUUGGCUGCUAGCCACAGAGACCACAGGACCUCUGGUGCAAAGGGUCACAAAGAACAUUAUGGUUGUUAAAUGUAAAGUCAGUCCAAAGCAACCGCUGGGGUUUUUACAUUUUGCUUUUUUUGAGACAUCAAGAAACCGAACUCAGCCAGAGCAUAAAUUUCAGUGUACUUGUCGAUCUUUUAAGACAAAACCAGGACCCAAAGAAGAUCUGCACAAAAGAUGUGUCCAUUUUUACGCUUGUAUAUGUGCUUUUGCUAGUGAUGAAAAACUUCAAGAAGAGUUUGAAUAUUACAUAAACUUAGAUGCCAACUUAACUAUACCCCCAGAUAUUCCCUCACCAGAGAGACAAGUAGUGGCAAUAUUUCAAGACAAUGAGAUUGAGGUGUCUGACCCUACAACGUUAGAGGUUGUCAUUAGUGAUGAAAGUAUAGUCCGACCAGCCAAGAGACAGAAAAAAGACGAAACACUAGUUCAGGCCAGCAAUGCUUUGUUGACUUUACAAGAAGGAAAUGGAAACACCUCAUCUCCUAACAGUCCAAAGAAAAGCAGCCCAGUUAAACAACAACCACAGACCAAAGCUGCUACUGCAGCAGCCAAGAAACCAGGCACACAGCCUAUAGAUGAGUCCUUAGUUGUGGUGUCCUUCCAUCAGUGGCUGGGCAGUGUUACAGAGAGGAUUAACCAGACAAUGCACUAUCAGUUUGAUGGUAAUCCGGACCCUCUAGUCUUUCAUGCCCCUCAGGUGUUCUUUGAGUGUUUACAACAGAGAAUCUCAUCCGGCAGUAAGAAAAAGAGACUGCCCAACUUUACCACCGGCUUUAUACGUAAAGAUGCUUUGCCUCUAGGAACAUUCACCAAAUACACCUGGCAUAUCACUAAUAUACUGCAUGUCAAACAGAUUUUUGAUACGCCUGAAAUGCCAUUAGAUAUCACUCGCAAUUUUGUGGAAAACAGAGAUGGAACCUAUGAUCUGUAUGAAGUGCCAAAAGUUCAAGUAGAGAAUUUAGAUGAACCAUUUAAGGGCAAAAAUCCAAUGCCAAUUCGACCUUUUGAACUUAAAACCUACCUCAAAGUUGGAAACACAGCUGCAGAUCAAAAGGAACCAACACCCUUCAUUAUAGAAUGGAUACCUGACAUUCUGCCAAAGUCCAGAAUUGGGGAACUUAGGAUCAAAUUUGAGUACGGUCACCAAAGAAACGGACAAAUUGUGGAGCACAGAGUAGUGACUCAUGAAAUUCCUGUCCAAACCAUACAUGUGCAGGAUAUUGGCUGAAUUACGAAUUACUUAAUAUGAGAAGUGUUUGAAAGAUCUCUACAAGUGAUAGCUAUUAUUGUCUCUUGUUCUGUUUUAUUAUUUAAUUGGUACAUUUGACAGGUUCUUACAUUUCUGUGCUCUUUAUGAAUGUGUUUGUUUUGAGAAUAAGAUUGAUAUAUUUGUUGGUAUGAUUUUGAUGAUUGCUAUGAUAGUUUGGUUUGCAGUUCAGAAAGAUAUUGUAAAUGCAUUUGCCAAAGAAUGAGAGAUGGAAGUGUGAAUAUAAAACUUGUAUUUAAAAACUUGGAAGAAAUUUUCCCAAUACAGUUUCCUUCAGUUUAGAAAGAAUGCUUUUUAAAAAAUGGAAACCAAAAGCGUUUAAUUAAGGAAUGAAUUUAAUAGCUUCCCAUUUUAUACGGUAUAAACUAGGUUGGGGCAGUUUAUGCGGUUUAUAAAAAAGCGUAAACUGUUCCAACCCAGUUUAUACCGUAUAAAUUGGGUAGCUAUUAAAUUCAUUCUGUAUAAUUUAAUUUUCAUUUAUUUGGUGUAAGAAAAAAAAGAUGAUUGUCCUUAAAAAAUGACUUUAAUUUGUACAAACUUUGAAUGUUACGUCAGGCGGAUCGAUACGUUUUUGACGCAAGUCGUUGUGACGUAGGCAACCCCUUUUAUAAGAUAAAAAGUAAUUUUUUUAUCCAAUCAAAUACAGCGUUACAACCAGAAUUAAAUUAUUGAUUUAUAAAGAAUUUAAGGGGUUAAAAUCAU